GGUUACACGAAGAUGAUGAAGUAUACGAUGAUCGGUUUUCAGCUUCUGUUUAAGGUAUGGAUUUUGGAGACAUUUCCAGAAGCUUUGAGGUUUACGCAUCACACAAAAAAUGAAAUUCCAAGAAUAAGGGCAUGGAGAAUAAAAACACAAUUAUCUGUCAAGCAAUGUUUACGUAUAUUAGACGUUUCAGUGGAAAAUAACAUCCCACGUGUUUUUGAACCAAUGUCUGUUGAGAUCCAUUUUCCAUUCUUUGUGCGUUAUAUAAAUUGGACUCUAGACAAAGUGCAUUCGUCACCGCAACAACAGAGUCCUACUAAGGAGCGGUCUCCAUCACUGCAACAACAUAGUCCUCCUAUGCAGCGGUCUCCAUCACCUCACCCGUCUCAAUUUCAGGGAGCAGACUACACCUCAGACUCUCAUUUUCGGGGAGUAGAUUACACCUCGGCCUCUCAUUUUCAAGAAACAUGCCACAUAUCUCUAGAAGACAGUAAAAUAGACAAGUUAUUGGGUGUUGUUACUCAAUUUAAAACCACAAUCGAGCACUUUGGGAAGAGAAUGGAUAAUUGGGAAAAGAUAAACAAUUUGACGUGGACGACAUGGAAAAUGUGGAUGCUGGGGAAGCAUUUUUUUCGUGGUUUGGAUCCAGAGUCAGGCCAUACGUAUGUGCAAACACCACCGCCUGUUGUUGUAGUUAAGGAUAACACACUUACACUGUUAAAAAGGCGGGUUUCGUUGAUGGAACCAUUGAAGAACAGAAAAGGGAAAAAACCACAUAUGCCCAAUAAUGUAGAAAAAAGACCAUUACUAUUGGACGUUUUGCAGAGAUAUUUGGUUAUCUGGAAGUCCCUACUCAAGGAAAUAAAUACGCCAACUGGUAGGUGGACGAUUAUUAAUUCUGAAGGCACGACUUUGGAACCUGGGAAACAACAUUAUUUGAGGCGUGUAGCAGCCGGGAUGGUUGAUGGACCACAUUGGAAGGAUAUUGAUCGGGAAAAAGUAAAAGAAGGAGAAAGAGGAGAUUGUGGAGUUUUUGUGUACAUGUUCAUGAAAAUGCUUGCAUCGGGUGUACCAGUGGAGACACAUAAUGAUAAAGAAGCAAAAGUGGGCAUAACUGAAUUACAAUGUCAAAAUUUGUUCGAGUUUGGAGAAGUUCCUGAAAUUGAUGAUCGAAGAUGUGAGGAAAAAUCAAAUGAAGGGUGGUCGGAUGAUGAGUACACACAACGAAAAAUUGCUUUUAAUCCAUGGUAUUGUAUUCCUUCUAUUCCUGAUUGUCUAGAACCUAUUCUUGAACCUAGACCAUUUCACAGUCUAGGUCCGAAUGAUAAAUUAAUUGUCAAUCAAACCUAUUACACCAAAAAAGACCUAGCAUUUGUUAUUAAAUUCAAAGUCGUUAGAGAAAAGUUUCAGAUAAAGGUUGAAAAAUCUUCAAAAUCUCAGUACCAGGUUGUUUAUACGUGCUUUCAAAGAGGGUUGUAUAAAAGUUAUAUAGUGAGAGUUACUGAUGGGUGCUCAUUUGAAGCAGUACAGAGACCAGCUGCAUGGCUAGCCAUGGAGACAAUAUCAUGCCUAUUGGAUAUGGAAUGUUUCCCAAAAGAGAUUACGGAUUCUUGGACAUGGUUUCUUGAAAAACUACAUGAAUGCAUUGGUGAUGUGGAAGGUCUGACAGAUAGGGCACCCAAAAUUGCUGAAACAUAG